GUUCGAUUUCGGUGUGGACACCAAUAUGGAGUUAAAUGACAUCGAUCUCAGCUUUCUCGACUCCUACAACAACACCAAUCCGUUUGACUUGCGCACUCCGAGUAUCGGCUUUGCAACUCAUACGUCUGAUGUGAUGGCUGCCUCGGCGUCUGCUGCUCCGAUUGCUUCUGCUGUUCCUAUCGACACGAACGCGUUGCCCAAGGCAUCGGUAUGGAGGUUUCGGCCUCUCGAAAAGGACUCGGGAAGUGCAGAACAAGCGAAUCUGUCAUUACCGACGCCGACGAGUCUGGAGAUCGACAGGAGAGUGACGGUGGAGACCCUGUCACAAACCUCUCGUGACCGGAUAUUGGCUCUCGUUCUGAGCACUUGCAAGCCCAACAGCAUACCUCGCGCCGUGGCCUGCUUUCCGACCGUCGGCCUCCUCGACAGUCUAUUUCAAUUCUCACUCACCUCUCCCGGCUCACAUGCGAAGCACUGGAUUCACGCGCCCACACUGCAAGCCGAUCAGACCCGGCCAGAAGUUCUGGCGGCCAUCUGCUCGGCUGGAGCGGUAUUGACACCAGAUGGAGCAAUCCGCAAGGUGGGAUACGCUAUUCAGGAAGCUAUCAGAACCGCGAUUCAAGUGCACGUGGAAGACGAUAACACGCUCAUGCGAGAUCUGCAGAUCAUGCAGGCGUCGCUGUUACAACUGAAAAUUGGACUGUGGAGCGGUAACUCCCGUAAGAUGGAACUGGCCGAGGGCUUCGAGCAAGUUCUCGUGACCAUGGCGCGUCGCAGUGGCCUGUUUCGACGCGGUACAUAUGAGCGCAUUGUCCCUCACGCCGAAGACCACGGCGAUGUGCUGGAGGAGAAAUGGCGCCAAUGGGUGAAGCAGGAGUCCCGAAAACGGUUCGCUCUCCAUUUGUUCAGGCAUGACCUGGAGGCGUCCGUUUCUGUACUCAGCAGUCCUUUGAUAUCGUACGCGGAGCUCUACUUGCCUCUUCCCGAGUCGGAGAUUCUAUGGCACUCACCUUCUGCGGAAUCAUGGAAGGCAACGUACAUACGGGAUGCGGGGCCCACGUCGGAUCGACAGCCUUCGUUGGUGGACUGCAUCCAAGAUCUGGACAUCCUUGCCGUGAGGGACAUUGUCUUGGACCAGCGUCAAGCCAGCAUGGCCGUCCUGGGUGCUGCGUGGCGCAUGAUCUGGGAAUAUCGUCAACUCGACUCAUCUCUCAAGAACACUGCCAACCAGUGGUCCGACGGCCUGUUGAUGGGGAAUCGGCACAAUAUGCUCACGAAGCUUCUUCAAAACUUCCGCAUUAGUUCCAUCGAGGACACGAAGAUCACACUGAUCGUGGAGCUUCUUCUCAUGCAUCUGCACGUCUCCCUCGAAGACGUCCAGCUGUUCGCAGGAGUCGAGGGCACAGAGGAAUCGCAGCGAGUGUACCCCGCCCUGGGCUCUUGGACGCGCACCAACACCGCUCGACAAGCACUCUGGCAUGCGGGACAAGUCUUGCGUGCAGCCCGCAAACUUCGACCAGGCCUCGUGUGCGACUUUGCCGCCAUCGCAGUCUAUCAAGCGAGCCUCGCAUUCUGGUCCUACGGCAUCAUCAACAACUCGACCGAACCCGGUCCCAUCAACCAUAAUUCCCCGCUCGUCCUCCUCGACGGCGACGACGAUAAUGGUGUCCAAAGAUGGAUUCUCCACGGCAAAGGUAACGCGGCCAUUCGCAUGUGGACUACCCAUAAUGGCGACACACCCGUCAUGUUGACGAAUCCGGAUGAAGUCGUCGGUGCUGUUGUUGCCAUUAUGCGGUCGAAUCAUCAUGAUACGAGGAAUCCCCCUCUGGUCGAUAAUUUGAUUAAUAUUAUGGAUGGGUUGAGAAAGGCGGCCAAGACGGGGUUUUGAGCUCUCCCCUUUCUCUCUUUCCCAUGUUCUGAAG